AUGCGCAACGGCGUCGGCCUCGCCAGCGCGCGCGGCUCCGGCACGUCCGGGUACGUCCAGACGAACAAGUUCCAUCGCGACGCGUCGAGACUGACGCGAGACGCGAAAACGAACGAGGGAUGGCGCGCGAGGGAUCGCGACGGCGGCGCCGGCGCGACGACGACGCGACGGCCGAGCGCGGCGAUCCUCGAGCACAACGCGCUGCGAGCGAUCGAGGUGGCGUGCGCGGAGCUGGAGGAACGCAUGGCGAGCGAGGGGGCGAGCGAGGGGGCGAUCGAGGCGGCGAUCGAGAAGACGCGGCGAGACGGGCGAGACGCGCUGCGGCGAAGGCGAGAGACGGCGACGAAGGCGAAGAGCGAGGCGAGGGACGAGAGCACGCACGGGGUGAUGCAGAGGAAAGAGGAAGAGAUGGAACGCCUGGCGCGGGCGUUCGGGGUGGAUAAGAGGGAGCGAGACGCGAGGGAGGGGGACGCGUUCGAUCGGGAGCUGCAACAGACGUUGCGAGAGGAGAAGCGCGCGGCGAGGGAGGAGGAAGAACGGCGACGAGCGAGGGAGCGACGGAGGGCGGAGAAGCGGGAGAAGAAGGCGAAGAAACGGGCGAAGAAACGGGAGAAGAGGGAGCGCAAGGAGAGAGAGCGCAGGGAGAAGUCGAAGAGACGCGGCGAGCGAGAGGCGGAGGACGCGAAGAGAAACGCGGCGCGCUUCCGAGAGGAAUUGGACGUCGUCGACGCGGAGAUUAAGCGUCGAGCGCGUGGCUGA